CUGAUGGAGGACAGAUGAAGGAAGGCAGGAGAAGAUGGAAUGAGGGAGGGCAAAUGCUGAAAGUGUAACGAUCCUGAGAGUUCGUUUUUGUUCCUUUUGGUGUGGCUGCAAACAGAAGCUCAUAUUCAGUCUUUCAGCCCUUAUCUCAUCCAUUUUUCCCCUCUCUUCUCGGACCUGUUCCACUAACUGAAGGUAGGACAGGAGGGGAGGUUUCUCGCUUCAGAAUGGCGCAGAAAGGUGAGAGAGCACCCUCCACAGACAGUGCUAAAGCUGAAGGAGCUGCUCUUAAACCCAGCCUCCGAAAGACGUCGUCAUCAGAUAUAGUGACGAAAACAAAAAGCAAGAAAUCCAACAAAGAUGCCAUGAACAAGAUGUACACAAACCUGCUCAAUAAUGUGUUUGGACAGGAGAGGGAAUUAUCCCAACCUGAGUUAGACGAGUUGGCCGAGGCAUUUAAGGAGUUUGACUAUGAUCAGGAUGGAUAUCUGAACUACAAAGACCUGGCUGAGUGCAUGAGGACGAUGGGUUACAUGCCCACUGAGAUGGAGUUACUGGAAAUCAUCCAGCAGAUCAAGAUGAGGUUGGGUGGACUGAUGGAUUUCGAUGAUUUCUGUGAGUUGAUGGGGCCGAGGAUGAUGGUCGAGACGGCUCAUAUGUUGGGACUGAAAGAACUGAAGUGCUCCUUUAAACAGUUUGAUACAGACGGGGAUGGAAAGAUCACUCUGGAUGAGAUGAAGGAGGCAGUAAAAACUUUACUGGGUGAGAAAUUGAAGAAAGGAGAGUUGGAGGAGAUUCUGAAGGAGAUGGACCUGAAUGGAGAUGGCACUGUGGACUUUGACGAGUUUGUUAUGAUGCUGUCAGCCCAGUAGCAGUCACUACGGAGCAUUUCAGCUUCCCACAAUUCACAGUCAUUGCAUCCAUGUGAUGACAUAUCAGGGACUGUAUUCACAAAAAGGUCUUCAGUAGAUCCUCUCUGGCAGCUAUAGACUGUUUAUAAUUUGUGUACAACUGCAUGCUACCUUUUAAGUUCAAGAAAGAUAUAUUGUUAAUCAUACUGAAUGUGUAACCUGUGUGUAUGUGUAUGGAAUGAAAUUGAAUUAAAAAAGCCU